GCCUGGAAAUGGACGUGGUCUCACUCUCCUCCACCUUGACCGUGUGUGAAAGGCGUGGAAGUCCAUGUCUCGAAUUGGAACAGGCAACAAGGUGGCCGAUGCGUCAGGUUUCUAAGUAGUUGUUUUAAGAGGCCCUUGCAAGGAACUGCGGUCAUUCCAGUUUCUUUGCAGUGUGGUUAGCAUUCUGUAGAGGUUUCGCAUGGGCUUUGCAAGGGUGAGCACUGUUGGCACCAUCGCCACGGAAGUCCUUCUUCCAACGAUCUCGGUGGAAGUCAUGUCGUGGAUUUCACCGUGGAUCUCGGUGGAGCCUUUUUCGGAUUUGGCUUGGGAACCUUGGUCCAACUCUCAUAUAGCCUCCCUAAUGGGCCCGGUUCCUUCCAAUAUAAAGAUAAGAUAAGCUUAAGAUAAGUAAACAGGUUCCUCCACCAUGUUCUCAGCACACAUCCAAGACUUUGCUUGGCUUGAUGCAAAUCCACAAUAACUUAUAGGAUAGUUUUUUGUUUAUUGUUUUUAAAUGGGCGUUGGAGCAUUCUUUGCUGAUGCGUCCCACCAUAUAUAUAUAUAAUAUAUCCCUCGAAGCUUUAGCACAUCACGGGCUGCGUUGAAGCCGUCGGGACAUUGAAGAGUGGGAUAGUGGUGGGAAAACAUGUGCGCGCCGCUAAACCCAGAAUAGGAACUCAUAUGUCAGGGGGCCUGUCAGCCUCAGACAGGUAUGUCCGUAACACCUCCAAGCACCUCCUCAGAAGGAGUUUGGACCCUCCAAACCCACCCCAAACACCUUCUCAGAAGGUACUUGAGGUCUCGGGCCAUGUAACUGGCAUAUUCACCUCCAUUGACCCAACUUUCGAACCCGCCACCUCUCGGCUGUCAUAUGCUGGUUUGGAACGAGGUCCGAGGUCGGUGUCCAUCGUUCGAUUUCGGAGCCCAGGUGCAAAGAAUGGGAGAUGACGCUGGCCCUGUUGUGCGCGGGCGAGGAGAGUCAAAUGCAGCUAAACCUCAUUACCUACAACACUGCGAUCAGUUCCUUUGGAAAAGCCAGGCAGUGGCAGAUGGCCGUGGAGUUUGUCUUUGAAGGCCUUGGACGUCGCCGGAUGGCACCCGAUCUCAUCAGCUACAACUCCUUGCUGAAUGGUUUUGGCCUUGCGCAGCAGUGGAUGGACGCGCUCUUCCUUCUAGAGCAGAUGCAGGAGCUCCGCGUCCGCGCGGACAGCUUCAGCUACAGCGCCACGAUCCACGCCUGUGGUGAGUCCUCGGAGUGGCAGCAGGCCUGUGAACUCCUCUCCGCUGCGCCGCUGGUGACCUGCGUCAUGGAGAAUGCGGCCAUGGAAGCAUGUUGCACCGCUUCCAUGUGGCCACAGGCCUUAUCCCUGUUUGACGGGAUCGACUCACCCUCUGCAGGGAGCUUCAAGAGCGCAUUGGUGGCGGCGAAAGAAGGUCAACAGUGGCUUUUGGCUCUCCAUCUCUUCAGUGAGAUGGAGAAAGCCAACAAGCCGCGAACGGUGAAUGCUUGGAACACCGUGAUCCAGGCCGUGCUGAGCGGUGCAUCGGUGCUUCGAGCACUGGAGGUGCUGAAAGACAUGGAGUUGAGCGCACUGGCGACGGAUGACAGGAUGUACGCGGAGCUCAUCGAGGCCAGCGCCCAGUGUUCCAACUGGCCCAUUGCUUGUUGGCUCAUGGAAAGAGGGAAGCUUUCAGCAGAUUUGCUCUCACAGACCAGCGCCAUCCGCGCCUGUCAGCAGUCCCAGCAGUGGGAGCGGGGCAGUUGGAUGCUGACCCAGCUGCAAGAGGCACAGCUGAAGACCGAUGUGGUUUCCAAGAACUUGCAGUUGAGCAUUUGUAAGACUGCAGAGCAAUGGUGGGAGGCUCUCCGCUGCUUCCAGCAGAUGCAGGAGAUUGAUGUGAUCUCCUACACCACCGCCAUGAGCGCCUUUGUGGAUGCUGGAGAAUGGCGACAUGCCGUCUUCCUUUUCAACGAGCUCGAGUCUCAGAGAUUGAAGCCUGCCGGGAUGACCUACACCUUCGCCUUAAGUGCCGUGGCCAUGGCUUUCCAGCAGCUCGAUGCGCAGCGCAUCACCUCGCAGCUGGAGCGCUCGGUUGCGCAGCGCUUGGAGGGCGCUCAGAUUGCCUUCGCAGCUGCCAUGAAUGCCGGUCAGCUGGAGUCUCAUUGGCAUCAGGCUGUGGUCUUCUUUGAUGCCUCUCGUCGUCUUGGCUUUGAUGAUGAAGAAGCAGAUCUAUUUCUCCUUUGCGCACUCGACAAGGCCUGCCACUGGUCUUCAUGCCUGCAGCACCUCAAAAGCGGCCGCAGCGGAUCUGAGGAAGAGCUCCGGGAGCGCAACGUGGCCAUCAACGCCUGCAGUAGGGAGCUGAGGUGGCAGCGGGCUUGCACACUGCUUCAUCAGCUUCCCAUAGAUCAAAUGCAAGGCAGUCUGGUGAGCUACCACUCCGCCCUGCUCUCGCUCCCGUGGCGCUCCGGGCUGGAGAUCCUAGAGCUCCUUGGAGGAGUACCUCUUUGCUCGUUGGACACCUGCCAUGCCGUUCUAUAUUCACUUCGUUUGGCAGCCGCCUGGCACGCUGCACUGCACUUGCUUUGGACCUUAGAUCAGCCCGUCACAAUGACCUACAACAUGGUACUGGCAUCCUCAGACUGGGCUGUGUGCCUGGUCGUGCUGGAGAACAUGCUCAUGCGAGACCUGAAACCUGAUCUCUACACCUAUGCCUCCCUGCUAAGCGCCUUUGUGAGAGCCGGACGCUGGCACCAGUGCCUUCACCUCCUUCAGCUCAUGCGAAGCCAGGAACUCCCUCCAGACGCGCGCCUUUACUCCAACGUGUUGCAACAUGCCAUGCAGAGCACCAUUCUUGCCACUCCACUACAGCGCUAUCGACCAGCGAGCCUGGAAGAAGCGCUGAGAAGACAAAAGUGGCGAGGGCGCGAUUAGCGA